GGCAGAUACUUUUUUGAGACGGUGUUGGACGCAGUAAAUUUAAGAGUGCGGGCGUAUAUUUUUGUAUUAAUUAUAUAGUGAAAGAAUUUGCUAUAGAAAAGCAGAAGAAAUUGAAAGUGAAUUUUAUUGAAAGAAUUGAAAUCAAAAGCAUUUUCCAUUAAAAAUGAAAACGAUUGUGUUACUUGUGGCCAUUUUGGGUUUCAGCGCUGCCCAGCAACAAGGUGUUGAUCCAGCGUACUUACGACAAUACUAUCAACAAUUGCAACAACAACAAGGCAACUCCGGCGAUGCAACGCCUAUAUAUGAACCGAAUUCAGAACAAUCACAACAAUAUGUCAGUCCUGGUCAACAAUUACGUGUCAAGGAUAACGUGCAGGAACAAAUACGACAACAACAACAGCAGGGUGCUUAUGUGGCACCUGCAGUGCGUGAUUACUUGCAACAUCAAUCUCAACAACAACAAUAUCAACCACAACCUCAACAAGUUGUCUAUCGUCAACCGCAAGCUGUUACAGCACCACGUCGUCCACAGCCAGCUCCACAAUAUCAGGCGCAAAUCGCACCUAAAGGAAAACUACGUCAACAACAAGAGGAAGAAGAAUACGAUGAUCAAAAUUCUUCGUAUCAAUUUGGUUUCGAUGUAAAAGACGAUGAAUUCACCAAUUAUCAAAAUCGAAAGGAGAUCCGUGAUGGUUCCGUGAUUAAGGGCAGUUAUUCAGUUGUGGAUUCUGAUGGCUUCAUACGCACAGUCAAAUACACCGCAGAUCCUAAAGAGGGUUUCAAAGCUGAAGUUAUACGUGAACCAACAGACAUUGUUGUCAAAGUUCCUACACCAGCGCCACAACAAUUGAUCCGUUCGGGUCCUCAUGGUGGACACAAAUCACAGGAGUACUCCAAACAACAAUACCAACCACAACAAUAUCAUCAAUAUCAGCAAUAGAACUUAUAAUACGAAUUUAUAGUUUAAUCGUGCACCCGAGGGUGUGUCGUUAAGUUUAGCAUUUAGUGUCCUUGCUUCACUAAGACUAACUAAACGGAAGCUGUUCGCUUGCCAGAGUUAUCGCAGCCUCCCAAGUCUGAUCUUUAUAUUUAAAACUAUUGAGUUACUUUAUGCCUAGUGUACAUCCAUUCAAUCUGUUUUUAGUUUUAAAUUUUUUUGUUUUUUUAUAAUUUGAUGAACUUCAGUUCAUUUCAAAGUGGUCAUCGUACUCAUUAGUCUUAAUUUAAAUAAACAUUAAUCAAAUUAAAUAAU